CUCUCUCCCGCACCCCAUUCUUGAAAUUCCCAGGCGUAAGCAACGGAUUCCUUUCUUUUCUUUCGUCCAUUUCCUCUCUCUCUCUCUCUCUCAGGAAAAACCAAAAUUCCAUAAUCUAACCUUUUGAACUCCUCCCAUUCCGUCCAGAAAAUACAAAUCCAGCUUUUGUUUCCUCUCUUUCACUGAAUCUAAAGAGACAGGUACCCUUUCCAGGUUUCUUUUUCAAUCAUUCCAGAAUUCAAUUCCUAGAAUAUCCAUUUCGAUUUUCUGGGUUUUUUUCUUCUUCUUCCUCGGUUUUGCUUUCUGGGAAUUGAAAGAGGGAGUAUGAGCUGGGAUUCGAACCGAUUCCAGCGAUUGAUUCUGCUAUGAUUUUGUGGAUUGACCGUCUUCUUAUAUUUGAUUGAAUCUGUUCUGUUCGCCAUUCUUGCAUGGUGGAAAUUCACAUGGUGGGUGAAUGUGGGAGAUUCUGUGAUGGUGUCUAGGAUAUGAUUUCAGCCUCUCGAGAGCAAUUGAUGAUUGUUUUCGGUAUAUUUCAUUGAUUUGAUUUGGCUACGUGGUUGUGAUCUUGAUUUGUUGGUACCCUUUUUUCAACAUCGAUGAUCGUGACACAGGAAUUCAGAAAUCUAUGUCAAUGAUAUUUAUCUAGCUUCCUCACUUUUGUGAAAUUUGGAUCACUUGAAGAUGUUAGUCCGAUGGAUUAUGGGCUUUGAGAACUGAAAAUUCAUGAAAUUUAGGUGGAUCAGAAAGCAUGUUCAGUGAGUCUGAACCAGAUGUACGCACAUUUGGAGAAUCAAGGGAUGGAGAGGAAAGGUGGGCUCAAGGACCCAAGGAAUUUCUAUGCACAGGUAAGCAGACAAGAUUCCUUUCGAAAUAUAAAUCGCCAUGUCCCUGGCUCUUCAGGCCAGAUGACCCCACAAGAGUCUGUUUUUGUUGUUCUGGGUGAUGGGCCCCACAUGGGGAAACGCGCGCAUAACAUCUCUGUGCAGACGGGUGAGGAAUUUUCUGUGGAAUUUCUUCAGGAUCGGGCCACUUUGAGGAGAGUGCCCAGCAGACUUGAUCUGGAACGUCAUGGGAUGAGAGGAGGGUUGAAUUUCAAUCAGAACGUUCAUCCAGGCUAUGAAGAUCUCACUGGCAUUCAGUACCUUCAUCCAGGCUAUGAAGAUCUCACUGGCAUUCUUGGGCAUAGGAGGACAGCCUCCGAUUGUAGUUCCGAUGCCUCGAAUGUUUCUCUUGGAAGAGGGCAUGCUAUGGGAGUCAUGGACAAGGGUUAUUCUGAUCAACCGAGCAGAGUUUGCAAGGAGAUUACUGGCAAUGCAUCCAGUAACUCGUUGGAUGAAGUUAAUUGUGAUCCAACCAUUCCUGGACAGAUCGCUCAAUCGGGUGGUUCUCAUUACGAGUAUUCUCAUGGUUAUGCCCUUCACAGGUCGGAAACAUCGGACGGUUAUCAAUCCAGCAAGAUGAAGUUCCUAUGCAGCUUUGGUGGAAGAAUCUUGCCGAGGCCAAGCGAUGGAAAACUUCGAUAUGUGGGCGGUGAAACACGGAUUAUCACCAUUAGGAAUAGCCUUUCUUGGCAGGAAUUGUUCCAAAAAACUUUAGGCAUUUGCAACCAGCUGCACACAAUCAAGUAUCAGCUCCCAGGUGAGGAUCUUGAUGCCCUCGUAUCGGUGUCGUCAGAUGAGGAUCUUCAGAAUAUGAUGGAGGAGUACCAAGGGCUCGAAUGUGUUGAAGGUUCCCAAAGGCUUCGGAUAUUCCUUAUAUCUUCAAACGAAUACGAUAACUGUUCUUUUGAUGCAAGAUCUGGGCAGAACAACUCCGAAUAUCAUUACGUUGUUGCUAUUAAUGGCAUACUAGAUCCAAGUCCACGGAAAAGUUCGAGCGGGCACAGCUUAGCUAGCCAAAUGGGGCAUAACUUGGACAGAUCUCCAAGUUUUCACAAAGAUUCUCCCUCUUUGUUGCAUCCUUUGGAUAUUAGAGAUGGCAAUAGCCCCACAAAUCAUGCAGGAAUCUACUCGCAUCCCUCUGGUCAGUUUUUUAUUGCCUCACAAAAUGCUACCAGGUCCCCCAAUUCACCUCCUUUCUCUCCCAUGCCAAUUCAGCAAAAAGAUUCCAGAAAUGCUCAGAAGCAAUCACGUGAGGGUCAGUUCUACCAUGUUGGUAAUGAAAGCGCACCUUUUCUCACAGCCCAACCACCUGACAACUCUUAUAUCCUAGAUUCCAGCCAUCGUCGGCAUGGAGAAAUGGCAAAGCAUCCUCACAACAAGCAUGCAGAUGCUGACCAACCUGUUAAAUCACGCGAGGUGCAUUUUCACAAGCGUACACCUAGCACAGAUUUAGCUCGUCCUCCAGCAUAUGGUCGCUGUGACAGCGACUUGGGUUAUUCCUCCCGUGAAAAGCCCUUGCUUAAGGAAAGAACCUUCCAUUCAGAAAAGUUCCCAAGGCAGCAAGAAGAUUUGUUACAUCAGUUGGCAGGAUCAAAAGAUUCGAUUGGUUGUCAUAAUGGGAUGUCUCAUGCGCUUUCCGACUCACAGCUUGAGGAACAUGGUGGGAGGUCUGUGUAUGGUUUGCCAGAAGGACCCACGUCUGCAUCGACUUCACCCAUGAACCACUGUAUACUACCAGAAGGUUCAGCACAAUCUCUCAAGAAUACAGAAGCCAUUGAUUCAAAACACCAAGUUCAGUCACCUAAUGCAAUUCCUACCUGCUUCCAGGCAAGACAAGAUUCCUCAAGUUCUGUUCAGCAUCCAGAACUUCCGGACAGAAGUGAAUCUGUUCAUCACACAGACCAGGAAUUAGAAGGAUCAGAGAGCAUGAUGUGGAUUCCCACAUCAUCAUCUGCCACUUCAGAAGCCAGUCAAAAUGUUCUUAAAGAGCAUUCCCGAGGCUUCCAAGUGGAUGAAACUGCAUCUGCCCAUUCCAUAACUGCCAAUGGUCAGCUGUAUGGUUUGGCUAAGGAGCCAUUGAAAUAUGAUCUGGGAAGUGAGGCAGGUGAUGUAAUGACAUCUAUGCCUUCUUUUACAUUGUCCAAGAAUUCUCCUGAAGUUGUGGGCCUAGAUAUAGUUCCUGGCCCUAAUGCCAAACAACAAUGUGAUGUUUCAUGUUCAUCGGAUGAUCAACCCUGCUCAUCCAUUGACCAAAUUGCAGAUAUAUCACCUGGUUUACCAUCUGUUGUUACACACAAAAUAAUGGACAGCCAAGAAGCAAGAGCAGCAAGUUCUGUACAUUUGUCUCCGCUUACCACAAACAAUGACGCUGGUGUAAGCUUGAACUUGCAUACUAAUGAUCCCACUUCUUGGUCUGUAUUUCGGAAUCCAGUUACUGGUCCAGCUUUCAGGGGAGAAGCUUCUCUCCUUGAUCAGCAUCUUGUGAACUGUCCUUCUUUGUAUGUUGAAGAGGUGCCUUUGAAGGGAGAAGAUACUAUGUUAGGCUAUGACGAGUCCAAAAACAAUUCCUGUGGGGAAAUUCAGCUCAAAUCAGUGGUCUUAGUUGAAGAUGUAACUGAUUGUGUUCCUUCUGGAAUCCACUCAUCCCCAACAGUGGUUCCUCAUGUACGGCAUGCGACAACUGAUGAUCUGCAGAUUGGGGACAUCUCAUCCCCAAAAGUAACAGAAGCUGAAAGCAUGACUCCAGAGUCUGAGUGUGAGGACAUCAAAGUUGAUGACGGAGAUAUGGAUGAGACUAUCAGUGAUGCUGCAAUAGCUGAAAUGGAAGCUGGCAUCUAUGGAUUGCAGAUCAUAAAGAAUGCUGAUCUUGAAGAACUGCGAGAAUUAGGAUCUGGUACAUUUGGAACCGUCUAUCAUGGGAAGUGGCGGGGAACAGAUGUUGCUAUUAAGCGGAUAAAAAAGAGCUGCUUUGCAGGGCGAUCAUCUGAGCAGGAGCGAUUGACCAAAGACUUUUGGAGGGAGGCACAGAUCCUUUCUAAGCUUCACCAUCCAAAUGUUGUAGCUUUUUAUGGUGUGGUUCCGGAUGGGGCUGGGGGAACUUUGGCAACUGUAACUGAAUUCAUGGUGAAUGGAUCUCUCCGGCAUGUGCUUUUAAGGAAGGACAGGUUACUUGAUCGUCGUAAAAGGCUGAUAAUUGCAAUGGAUGCAGCUUUUGGCAUGGAAUACUUACACUCGAAGAACAUUGUUCAUUUUGAUCUGAAAUGUGACAAUUUGCUUGUCAAUAUGAGGGAUGCCCAACGACCUAUAUGCAAGGUUGGGGAUUUUGGAUUGUCGAGAAUCAAGCGCAAUACUCUGGUUUCGGGUGGUGUUCGAGGAACUCUUCCUUGGAUGGCACCAGAAUUAUUGAAUGGUAGCAGUAGUCGGGUAUCUGAAAAGGUUGAUGUUUUCUCGUUUGGUAUUGCAAUGUGGGAGAUCCUUACAGGGGAGGAGCCCUACGCCAAUAUGCAUUGCGGUGCAAUCAUAGGGGGGAUUGUGAACAACACUCUUCGGCCACCAAUUCCUGAUCAUUGUGACCCCGAGUGGAGAAAGCUAAUGGAAGAGUGUUGGUCGCCUGAUCCUGCAGUCCGCCCAUCAUUCAAUGAGAUAACUGGCCGGCUGCAGGUCAUGUCAAUGGCACUUCAGGGCAGAGGACACAAUCCAGUAAACAGAUGAAAAGCUCUACCUUUCCUUGCAAUUCACCAGGGCUUCCAAGUGAAGGUAGAUCUGAGGACAGAAUAUAGAGAGCUCCCAUGGGAAGGUUGGGCAGUUUCAACAAUCAUGUCUUGGUAUGAAGAUGAGACGACAAACCUCGGAGACGAGCAUGAAUAAUAUCUGUAAUGUUCUUCCUGCCUUUGAUUGGUAAUAAAUUACUUUGUUUUUUUCU